AUGGGGGAGACAGAUUCUAGUUUAGAAGAGGAUGUAUUGCUCAGAAGCCCCAUGGAGAUUGAAUCUCAGCAGCACCCAGUGCUCUCAGGCAGUGAUGCUAAAUCAAUUGACACUCCAGAUUCAUUGAGCCGAGUGAGUUUGCCUGGAACAGGACAGGACAUGGAGGAGAAGGUCACCCCGGUCAAGUCGUCUCGGCCAAAAAGACACCUUUCUUCUUCUGGCACCAUUGAAUCGAUCAACUUGGAUGCGGUCCCCCAGGCAGUCGCUCGUCUAGAUAACAGUGCUGCUAAGCACAAACUCUCCGUGAAGCCAAAAAAACAGAGGAUGUCAAGAAAACACAGGAGAUUAACAAAGGAGUCACAAAGCAUAGCAGUAACAGAGUACGAGCAAGAAAGUCCAGAAACCCAGCAGUAUGUGGAAAGAAAUCCAGAUCACAAUGGACACAUUAUAGCAAACAAGUCAACCCAGGAGACAGUGGAGCAAAAGCAGCCUAAUUUAGCAGAUGGGAAAAGAAAGCAUGAAGAUCAUUUGAGGAUUCUUGAGGCUGAUAAGAAAAAACAAGUAGUAGAAACAGAGGAAACAAAACAUCUAGAAGAGAGGCACCAAAAAAUUGAGGAGAUGCAAAGAGAAGAGCAAAGAAGGCGUAAGGAAGACAGAAAGCAACAUCUCCUUGAAGAGGAGAAACAUCUGAAAAUGGAAGAGCAGAGGCGCUGGGAAGAGGAGAAAAAACUUGAGGAAGAACGGAGGCAACAAGAACUAGAGCAGCAAAAGAGACUGGAAGAACAGAAGAGGCUUGAGGAAGAAUGGAGGCAACAAGAACUGGAGGAGCAGAAGAGACUGGAAGAGCAGAAAAGAUUUGAGGAGGAACAGAGGCAACAGGAACUGGAAGAGCAAAAGAGACUGGAAGAACAGAGAAAACUUGAGGAAGAACGGAGGCAACAAGAACUGGAGGAGCAAAAGAGACUGGAAGAACAGAAGAGACUUGAGGAAGAACGGAGGCAGCAGGAACUGGAGGAGCAGAAGAGACGAGAACAAAGGCGUGAGAUUGAAAAGCAACAUCAGGAAGAAGAAAAGAAGAAGCAGGAGGAACAAAAACUACAAGAAUUGAUGGAGUGGAAAAGACACGAAGAGCAGAGACGACACGAUCUAGACGAGAAAUCGUAUCUAGAAGUUGAAGAGAAACUGAAACAGGAGGAAGAAGCUUCAAGGCUGGAGCAGCAUAAAAGACUGGAAGAACAAAAGCAACUUCAGGAGAAGGAAAAGAAGACACAGGCAGAACAAAGCCAUCAAGUGCUGGAAAAGCAUAAGGGACAAAAACAACAAAAAAAGCAUGAGUCUGCAGAGCAAAUGCACUUCAGGAACGAUGAGAGAAUACAACAUGGGGAAUUUAAAAAGAGGCAAGAGGAACAAAUUCAAGAAAAACUAAAAGAGAAUAGAAAAACACACAUAGAAGGACAACUGCUUCUGGAAAAGCAAAAAGGACUGCAUAAAUCCUCAAGACAGGAGAACGAUGACUUGCAUUCUGGGGAUGCUAGUAGGGAGCCUGUGGAGAAACAGCUUCAAGACUCGAGACAAAAAACAAAACAGCUAGAGCUGAAGAAACCAGUGGAGGAAACUUUUGCAGAGAAACAAAAGAGAGAAGCUGAAGCUAAGGAGCAGGAGAGAAUAGGAGAAGAAAUAAGAUGGCAGGAAGUAGAUGAAAGGCAAACUAUGUCUAGACCAUUCACAUUUCAAGUGUCAUCAGGUGAGAAACAGAUCCUAUUUCACAAAGUGAAUCUGAGCCCAGUCACUCCUGUCAGAGAGGCAACACUUCCUUCUGCCAUCAAAGAGUCCAGGGCCCACAAAACUAACAAAGGCUCUCAUGCACUCCCAUCCUCGGUGUGUGUCCCCCACACAGCUAUCUUGGUGACUGGAGCACAGCUUUGUGGCACUGCAGUAAACCUGAAUCAGAUCAAAGAUACAGCUUGUAAAUCUUUACUUGGCUUGACAGAAGAAAGAAAAACUAUGACUAUUCCCCCACUAGAAAAUAUACAGAAAACUACAUCUAGCAGUAAAUUGAAGCAUACACAAGAGACACUGAACAAUCAGGCCAUAUUGGCUGAACUGGCUUCUAUUAGGUCUCGAAUCUUAAAGACUGCAGAAAACAAGGUAAAUGAGAGAGACCGAGUAAGUGCCUGUCGGCACAGUGAUGAUUGGACAGCCAGAGGAGGAGGUGGUUCCCACAGUAACUUAAGGAAAACCCUAUCUGCAAAUGCAAAAUUUUCUAUAACACCAGCAUGGCAGAAAUUUUCAGACACUUCAAAAGCCAGUGCAGAGGCAGAGAAUAUAAGUGGCACACAAGGUGCUGAACUAGAGAAUGUGGGGAAAACAGUAGGUUUAUCCAGAGAGUCAAAUGAAAAUGUGGCUCUUAAUGAUGCAGUCCCUGCUUGGACAGAUAAUGCACCAGAAGUAGUUCGGGAGAAAACUGAAGCGGCAGACAACACUGAAGGUUGUAAGUUUGCCAAAGAUCUUCCAUCUUUCCUUGUUCCAAGCAUCCCUCAUUCUCCAGGCAGAGAAGCAUCACAGUCAGAGUCUUCAGCUGCUUUGGAAAGUCAGCAGAAUAAUGCUACAAGAAAAUCGGAUAAAGCAGGACCAAACGCUGAAGAAAAUGUUUCUCCGUUUGGUAUAAAGUUAAGGAGAACAAAUUAUUCUCUGCGUUUCCACUAUGAUCAACAGAUGGAGCAAAGGAAAAAGAAAAGAUACAGUGCAGGAGAUAGCUUUGAUGGUGUCCCUGUCCCCCUAGUUACAGCCGAAACUGAAAAAGAAAGCACUACUACUGCUCUAAAUAAGAGCCCGUCCUCUAGCUUGGACAGGGGGGACGCUGCUGCUAAUAUUUUAAAAGACUCUUCAAACAGUGUUAUGGAGAACUCGCCCACAGCAGGUGUUCCACUGUCUACACCAGCCAGCAGCCAGAUUUCUCUGUCUGGUCCUGAGAAACCUGUGUGUAAAUCACCAGCCCUACAAAAACCUGCUUUAGCCCCAAAGCCCACCAACCAGACCCCACCAUCCUCUCCUCUCUCUAAGAUGAACAGAUCAAACUUACCUGACACCUUUGGGCAGAGAGUAGCUAAGCCUGAAUUGGACCUCAGCUGGAAAAAGGAUGACAGUAAAGUGAACAAGGUGCUCCCACCAGCUCCAAUUGAAAACAAAAAUGAUGAAGAAGAAACCAGAGAAAAGAAAUCAUUUUUCCCAUCUAUCAGUAUUCCAUGGAGAGAGAAAGCUGACAAAAAGCCUGAACCAUUAAAAAAAGAAAAGCCAGUUCUCCAGAGCAGGCACUCCUUAGAUGGCUCCAAACUGAUGGAAAAGGUUGAAACUGCACAGCCGCUUUGGAUUACAUUGGCACUACAGAAGCAAAAGGGAUUUCGUGAGCAGCAAGCUACCAGAGAGGAGAGGAGACAAGCGAGAGAGGCAAAGCAGGCUGAGAAGCUUGCUAAAGAAAAUGCUGGUAUCAGCAAUCCGUCAGAUGAUAAAAGCAGCAAUAGCAUCAGAACAAGUGCAUUGCAGAAAUCCACACCUCAGGAAGGGGAGAAGAAAAUUGAGACUGCUGUGUCACGGCUAGAACGCAGAGAGCAGCUGAAAAAGUCCAACACCCUUCCUACUUCUGUGACAGUGGAGAUUUCAGAUUCUGUUCCAUCCACCCCACUUGCAAAAGAGGUUACCAAGAGAUUUUCUACCCCCGACGCUAACCCUGUCUCAACAGAACCAGCCUGGCUGGCCCUAGCCAAGAGGAAAGCAAAAGCUUGGAGUGACUGUCCACAGAUCAUUAAGUAAACUAUAGUCUUUC